AUGGAGAAAUUUCAAACCACUUACAACCCCAAUACUACUACUACAAAUGAAGCCAUGAAGAGUCUGGGAAAUCUCUUCAAAAAUGAGAAGACAAAGUUGCAAGAGAUUCACACUGGUCUGAAAACUGACCAUGAAGCGUUUCAAACCUCUGUUUCGUCUCAAAUCUCAAAGCUUCAAGAAGAACUGGAAAAGGAGAGUGCUCUCAAGGAAACUCUUGCUAUCAAGACCGAAGAAGUCAAGGAGUUAGGUGUCAAGUUGAACACUUCGGAGAACAGGUCAAUGAUCUGUUAUCUGAGAGGGCAGUCAUGCGAAGCUGUAUCACUGUUUUUACUAGCAUGCUCUCAGAUAUCAUUAAGACCAGGGACUCCAUGA